UUAAAAAAAAAAAUGGCAUUAUUAUUAAAAUCGUUUAUCAGCAAUUAUGGAAAACGAUGUUUUUUGGAAAUAAGUCAUUCAAAAUAUACUUGCCUUGUAAAUACAAAAAUUUUUGAUAAUAAAAUUAAGAUAACGACAUGCGUGAAGUCGAGAAAUUUUUCAACAAAUGAAACUAAACAGAAUUCAUCGUCUUCGUCGUCGUUGCAAAUUUACACGGGAAUUUUAACACGACAAAUUCGUAAUAUUAAAAUAUUUUCAUUAUUCACCUCAUGUCUCGGUAUAAUGGCACAGCCGAUAAUUUAUCAAAAAAUGGCACAAUCCAAUGGCACAGCAACACUAAUUGGUGUUUCAGUAUUUUUUUGCUUUUUUGCCAUUGCAACGCCACUUUUACUUCAUAUAAUUACAAAAAAAUAUAUUACACACAUAAAGUACUUACCGGAACAGGAUAAAUAUAUUGCCUCAACGUACACGAUAUUUCUGAAAGAAAAACAGAUUGACUUUAAACCAAAAGACGUCUUAGUACCAGACGUACCAGGAAUGUUUACCUCUUGUUUCAUUAAAAAAACUCCACUAUUUCUCACUCCAGAAUCAUUUGACGAUUUGUAUCAUUACAAACGAAUAAUGGGCUAUGAUAAACCCAUUGAUUUGAAACUUGAUAAUCCGUUAAAUAAUGAUAAAGUCGCCGAACCUAGUAAGUAAAAAUAAAUAAAUAAAUAAAGGAAUUAGUUAAAUAAAAAAACAAAUCGUUGGAAAGUUCUUAA